AUGGAUCCCACCGAACAGAUUUCUGGCGAUGCUCAAAAAUGCAUCGAAGAUACAACAAUGAAAGAUUUCAUCAGAGCUGUACGGAACUGUGGCUCCAGCUUCUGUGUGGGGGGCCAUGUACCUGUGCAACCUGACUCCCAACCUCUAUUAAAAUCCCAAGUCCCUCCAGUGACUCUUCGCUGGGAUGUUCCAAACCACCCUCCCAAUGCACUCACCAUCAAAUUUCCCCUUCUCGACUCCCAGUCUGAGAUAUUCAAAGAACUUCGCGAGCCGGCGACCUUCGGACUUGGAGACAAGGAUGUACUCAACGAAGAAUAUCGUAAGGCUGGAAAACUUGACAAUACCCAAUUUUCUGUUUUAUUACAUCCAUCCGAUUAUGGGAUUAUUGACACUAUUACACAAACCUUGUUGCCUUCUUUAUUUGGUAAAGACAGAAGGGCCGAUCACCGUGGUGUUCUAGCUGAGCUUUACAAAAUGAAUGUUGGUUGAACUCCUUCUUUUUGCUACUGAGAGCUUCAAAGUUAACGUCUUCAUCAAGGUUUAUUCCGGACCGGGUGGUAAGUUCAAGGCUCAUUUCGAUACGCCACGGUCUAGUUCGCAGUUUGGUUCACUUGUGAUCUGCCUCCCAAGUCCAUUCAUAGGUAGAAACGCACUCUUGCCCAGAAUCUCUUUUCAGUUUCUUUUCUUCAGGGCUGACCCGUCAAAAUUGUCAGGUGGAAACCUCCGGGUCUCUCAUAAUGGUACCACUAAUUACUUCAAUUGAAGUACCUUGAGCCCUAGCAGUAUCCAAUGGGCAGCUUUUUACAGCGACUGCGAGCACGAAAUCUACGGAGUCUUCGAAGGUCAUCGGAUCACAUUAACAUAUAACCUCUACUUCACCGCACGUGUUGACGCAACCCUUCAGGCGUUCCCCGCUACCAAUCCCCAAAUAUUUCCUCUCUUCAAGGUUGCCCAAGCUAUGCUCCAAAACCCAAACUUCCUUCCAAAUGGUAAAACCAUUACCCGAUGUAAUAUUUGGAAGCAAGGCUGAUGUCAGGUUAGGAGGAACUUUAGGAUUCCAUUGCGUUCAUGUAUAUCCACACGCGAAUGAAGAUACUGACGAUUUAAUGCCGUAUACUCUCAAAGGCAUGGACUGUAUCGUUUUCUCUGUUUUUCGCGAACUGGGUCUUCGUCCCGUGGCACGUCCAGUGAUGGAAAAUUUUCCCGAAUAUGAUGGGUAUGGAGAUUCCCUAUCUGAUGAAGAGGAUCAAGAAGACCCCGAUGCUGGCAAAACCGCUAUAGGACACGGCUUCCACGAGACAGUCGUGGAUGAGUAUGAAGUUGGAGGGUCACUUGAAGAAUGCCGGGUAAGUAAUCCCAUUAGGUGUUAUUUCCGGUUGAAUUUAAAAGUCUAACCUAAAAACAGAGACUCAGGAACGUGUGGCCGUUGGAGCGAUACACUGUUCAUUGGAUUAACGAUACUUCCAGAAACACACAAAUUGCUUUUGUGGGCUUGGCGCAUGGAAACCAGGCAGAGUUAUGGUAUAAGUAUUCCAGUGCUGCUAUCUUUAUUGAGAUUCCGGUGAUGACUCCGGAUGGAAGGGGGGGAGUAUUUGCGAGACUUUGGGCAGCGUCAUGAAGACAGAGAUUCCGAUGAAGAUAUGUCUUCGUCUUCGUCUGAAGCCUUCUUAGCGGAUCUCCAAGAAGCUAAUGAUAAACGGAGAGAAUAGGUUGGUGGGCGUUUUAUGGCAGGAUUUGAUGAAAUUCCGAAUUGCGCGAAGUUCUGAUGGGAAUGCAUGGGGUUGUGAGUUCCUUCGUUUGUGGGGCAGAUGUUAGUUCCGUGGGUUCGAAGUUUGGGAGGAUCUGUCACGCGAUGUGUGUUGGAUAUUGUUUCUUCAUUGUUUUUAUCUUGGCUCUUGGUUCUUUUCGGGCUAUGAGAUGUGAGUUGAAAGGGUUCUUGGGAAGUCUGCAACAAAUUGGGAAGAGAAUCUUCGUCUCUUUUCGUUUUAAAAAGCGACGUGUCUUUCACGUUCCGUUAAUUGUUGUUGGUAGUUUUGUAGUCUCGAGCACGACUUCAAAGUUUGAAACCUUUGAACCGGCUUGUCGUUCUAUUUUCAUACAGACAAGAUACAUCCUCCCUUACCCCCUUCUACAAGUGCCUCCAUCGGCUCCCUCUUCCACUCCUCUCCUACUUUUAACCCUCAAAUCUCUUCCUCAACUCCUCUCUAUACUCCUCAUCAACAACAACCAACCCAUUAA